UUUAGUUGUUUAGAGAAUCCGGAAGUAAACGCGGGGAAAUUACAACAAACAGACAGAGAGGACAGCUACUGUUUCAAACGCAAGAGCUCGUCAAAGAGACAUCUGAAUCCUAUUUGGACCGUCAUUCUCGGUAUUCAUCUUACAGGAACCAGCGAUAGAACCGGGACGCUAUGUCGAACAUGGAAAAGAAUUUGUUUAACCUCAAGUUUGCAGCCAAAGAACUUCAGCGGAGCUCUAAGAAAUGCGACAAAGAGGAGAAGGCAGAGAAGGCCAAGGUGAAGAAGGCGAUCCAGAAAGGCAAUACGGAGGUUGCACGGAUACAUGCAGAAAACGCCAUCCGCCAGAAGAACCAAUCAGUGAACUUCCUCAGAAUGAGUGCUAGAGUGGAUGCAGUGGCUGCCCGAGUACAGACAGCAGUCACCAUGAACAAGGUCACUAAGUCCAUGGCUGGGGUGGUGAAAGGAAUGGAUGCAACCCUGAAGAGCAUGAACCUUGAGAAGAUUUCUGGCCUGAUGGAUAAGUUUGAGCGACAGUUUGAAACUCUGGAUGUACAGACAGCUCAGAUGGAGGACACGAUGAGCAGCACCACAACACUGACCACACCACAGGGUCAAGUUGAUGCUCUCAUGAUGGAAAUGGCGGAUGAGGCUGGGUUGGACCUCAAUAUGGAGCUUCCUCAAGGUCAGACGGGAUCAGUGGGAACAAGUGUAGCAUCUGCAGAACAGGAUGAGCUCUCUCAAAGACUGGCUAAACUCAGAGACCAGGUGUAAGAAGAAAGGGCUGUUGUGUGUGUGUGUGUGUGUGUGUGUGUGUGUGUGUGUGUGUGUGUGUGUGUGUGUGUGUGUGUGUAUUGUAUGUGCACCUGUCUGGGUGUGAGAAACUCAAUCCUGGAAGAAAUGGCCUCAUUAUUUCUGUAAGUUUAAUGCACUCGUGGGAGUGUGUGUGUGUGCGUGCGCGCAGCUUUCCUUAUCUACUCGAACAUGCUGAAACCAAACUCUAACCACCGGUAUGCAGUAACACUGCUGUUAUUAGAGUAGUCUUGGGGCGCUGCUGUAUGUUUUCAGUCCCUAAUAAAAGAUAUUGAGUAGUGGUCGACCGAUAUAUCGCUGAGGCCAAUAAAUCGGCCGAUAUUCUAAAUUUUUUAAUUAUCAGCAUAGGCCGAUUUGUUUCUUAAGUGAGCUGAGAAUCGACUGCUUGCAUGUGAAGCGAUAGAGACAUGUAAACAACCAGUCACGGUUUGUUUUGUUGAUAUGUGCCAUCUUGUUACUACAAUAAAAGUACACUAUAUAAUGGAAUAGACUGCAACACAGUCUCAUUUAAACAGUCCGCAUAUCAGAGCAGACACCUUUGAGUUCGUAAUGUUAAAGUGCUCGCCUGUUUCCUUCUCCCUCUCUCCUAAACAGUUCCCUGUAACUUUUAACUGUCUUGUCUAAUGAUAAAAAGGCAAAUAUCAAUAAAACUAAUAUCAUAUACCAUCUGCAAAUAUCUGCAUAUCUCGUUUAAACAGAUGUAAUAAACCAACCUCACACAACUUCAGCAGAUCGAGCAUCCUGUGGAGCACUCAUUUAUUUACCUCUAAAGCACAUAUUCUAUCAGCCUCUCUUCACAGUUCCCUUUAACUUUUAAUAUGUCUAAUGAUAAAAAGGCAAAUAUCAAUAAAACUAAUAUCAUAUAGCCUACCAUUUGCAAAUAUGCACAUAUCUCGUUUAAACAGAUGUAAUUCACGAACCUCACAAAAAUCCAGCGUUUUCUUCCCGUCGAGCGCUCAUCUAAUAUCUUCCUCUGAAGCGCAUAUUCUAUCAGCCAGAAUCAAAACUUCAGGAUCAGAAUCAAAAGUUCCUCUGAUUCACAAAUCAUGACGGUCAGUCCGUGACAAUCCAAGAAGGUGAUCCAGGCCAUUUAAACUGUGUGGAGAUUGCUGCUCGUUCUGGAUCCGCAUGUGUGUGCAAAUUCAAAGUAAAAGCGCUUCACGUAUGCUAUUAGGAAAUGUCUUAUUCACUAAGCACCGAAAAUACUAUUGGUUUGAUUCAGUAUUUUUUGAGAAAAUGCGAUUGUUAAUGCGCACAUGCCAUCCAUGGUUGCUGGACUACUGUGUACUGUUAUUUCCUUCUUUCAACUCUAUUAACAAUUACUUAAUGUGCAAAUAAAUGACUAAAAUUUGAUGACUAAACAGAAAUCAACUGCUAUCUACCAUUUUAAAUACAAUAUUAUUUUAUAUUUUUAUAUUAUUAAGUUGGUUUAGUGUGAAAUUGAGUAAAUAUAGUGCUAAAAAAGAGUUUAUUCAUUUUCUAGCAAUUUUAUGUUUGUUAUUUACUUUAAUAAAUUGUGUGAUAAAUUGGCAUUGUAUCGGCCUAUCGGUCACCCUGCUCUCUGGAUAUCGGCAUCGGCCAUUAAAAAAAAACAAUAUCGGUCGAUCACUAAUAUUGAGUGUAAUAUUUCUUAGUAAUUGUACAUUUUAUGUACUUCCAUAUUUUAAAUACCUGCUUGUUGUUUCUGAAAUACAUUUGAUGCCAAUAUGGCUACAUUUAUCUACCCCAGUAUUGGAAUCAGAUGCAUAUGUUGGUAAAAUUGUGAUUUCUUUUUCUUCCUGCUACAUGUAAGUUUUUGCCUAAAUUCUUUAAUGAUCUGUGGGAAAUUGUUACUUAAAAUGCAUAUCAUCAAAAGACAGUUUAAAUAAAAUAUUCUCAUAUUGUCUUGAGGUAGUAAAAUUGGACAUGACUAGCCAAAUCUUCUGUGUCUAUAGUUUAUACUUUCUGAAUAAACAGCACCUCUUAUCUUUAUUUUCAAUGGUUUCUAUUUUUUUGUAAAAUCAUAAUAAAAUAAAAAAACGGCCUUUGGCAAUGUAUGGCUCUAUCCGCUUGUUCAGAUAUGAACAAUAUGUGAACGUGUAUAUAAAUAAACAUUUUGCAACUCCUUU